GUUAACAGUAUUCACCACGGUGCGCUUAACAGCACGCGCCGCCGGACGUGGUGAGUUCGCUGGAGUGCAAGUGUGGUGAGCACCGCCAUUGCUGGAGAGCCGCAAACAAAAACAAAAACAGAAACAGAAAGCACACUGAAAACAGCGAUUUGAAACGCCUCUAAUUACCCGAUAAACAUCCCGAUGGCCGAUAAGCGACGGCUAAGAAACCCGUAAGACCCAGCGAUAAGAUCCAGAUAAGAUUGGGAUUGGAAUUGGAAUCGGAAUCGCCACGAAUCACCACAAAUCACCAUCGCCCGGCACUCAAUUCACUUGCACAUCGGGGCAUUAGGACUCAAAAAUUGGAUUACCAUAAUAUCACCAUCAUAAUGCCCGAAUACGUACCGGCACGCGGCUUCAAGGAGAUGGAGAAUCUGCUCAAGCUCUACGACACCAAGAGCUGCCCCAUCUACAUCUACUUCUACGGCGAGAAGGACAAGCAGGGACGCAGCUGGUGUCCGGACUGCGUGGCGGCCGAGGAUACGAUUAUGACCGCCUUUCGCACGAACGCCCCUGCGGACUGCAUUAUCCUGGUGGUGGACGUCGGCAAUCGGGAGUUCUGGAUGGCCAAGGACAACGCGUUCCGCAGUCCGCCCUACUCGGUGGACGGGAUUCCGGCCCUGCUCCACUGGAAGGGGCCGGAGCGUCUGGACGGCGAUCAGCUGCUGAAGAAGAAUCUCCUGGAGCUCUUCUUCGAGGAGACCGAUACGCGCAAGAGCACUGUGUAGUCACUCAAUAAAAUGCGAUUUGAGCUCGAA